GUUGUACUCAUCCGCAUGUCGACGUAGAUCCCCGCAAAUUGCUACUUAGACCAUUUGUCUGUUGUUCACAGCUUCAAGCGGUGAGAUUUUUAGGUGCUAACAAUAUUCACUGCAUUAAUAUACACGGAAUCAAAACCUGCUUCGUUUGUUUUCUUCGUUUCAGUAGAAAUUGGACACUGCUGAUGUUUUAGUGUCCAUGUCCUACCGUAGGCUGUAUUGCGGAGUGAUCUUCCAUUGGAACCGACAAUGUGGAGGUUGCUAAAAUGUCUACUUGGAAAAUGAAAUGCUUACAGUUUCUGUAACUAAAAGGAAACAGAGCAACACAAGAGUCAUGCUUUAUGCGAGAGACAUUUUUUUAGCUUCGUGACUAAGACGACAACGAGACAAGGCAACAGAGGAGUGGUUCAUAUUGUCUUUUCCUUUUCAUCAAGCUCACAGUCCGGACCACGGGAGAAGGAUCCUAUCCCUAACUUUGUUUUUCCUCUCUUCUACUACCGUUCUUUUCCCUAGUUGGAUGCCACUUUAUUAAAUCCAGUCAGUUGCUGAGACUGAAAGGGCCCAGUGAACAGCAGCAGAGAAUGUCAGCAGUGGAAACAGACAAGGAGCUCAGCGACUUGCUGGAUUUUACCGCGAUGUUUGAGCUUCCAGUUUCGAAUGGUAAAAAUGGGCCAACAACGCUCGCCAGCAGUCAGUUUGGAGGUUCUGGUAUAGAGGAGAGGAGUGGGUCCAGUCCCUGGGGACAAGGCGAACAGAAUAGUCCAUCUUUCAACCAGGGAAGGGGUUAUGGAGAAGAGGGCCUUUACAAUGAACGAGAGGGCCCGGCCUCUGCCUCAGCAUUUGGAUCAGGGAUAGUUGGGAAGGCUGAACGGGGAGCUUAUUCGUCAUUUGCAACGCAGCUGGGUUUUAUACCCAGUGAAAUACCGAUGUCCAGUCCUGAUGCCAUCUCCCCAUCUGCUGUUAAGUCCAGUUCCCAAUUUUAUUCAUCCUAUGAGGGCAGCAACCCUCGCAGGAGACCUUCACAGGAUCCCAUCGAAUCACAGCCAAAGAAGAUCAGGAAGGUGCCCCCGGGUCUGCCUUCUUCCGUUUAUGCAUCAGCCACUGGAGAGGAUUUUAAUCGGGACAGUUCUUGCUACCCAGUCUCCAAAGCAGGAAAUGUUUAUCCUGCACCGUUCUACAUGCAAGAAGGUCUCCACCCACCCUCCAAUCACUGGGGCUCUGCUGGGUCGAUGGUUCAGCCUGGUUAUUCUGCCAUACUGGGUAACUCGCCCCAUCUGAGCCAGCAUGGGCCAUUCACUGCCAUUAACCCACAAGACAGACUGAAACGGCAGCCCCUGCCCCUGUCCCCCCAAAACUACCCCCUGCACGGCAGUGAAGUGAACGGAGCUCAUCCUGCUGGCUUCCAUUCUGGCUCCAGCAGCUUUGGAGUCCCCAGCCACACACCCCCUAUUGCUGGCACUGAAACUGUCAUGGCAAAUCGGGCUGCAGUACCUGGAAGUUCAGGUGAUGAGAUUGGAAAAGCCCUGGCAUCUAUCUAUCCUUCAGACCCCAACAGUAACACUUUCCCUCCAUCUCCGUCUACUCUCUCUGGCUCUCCUCAGGCUGUGUCAGGUUCUGCAUCCCAGUGGACUCGGUCCUCUGGCCAGGCCACACCUUCACCAAACUAUGAUGAUGGAGUUCAGUCCAUGCAGAGUAAAAUGGAGGACCGGCUAGAUGAAGCCAUCAAUGUUCUUCAGCGACAUGCCAGUGAACAGGGAGGACCUGGACUUACUGAAAUUAACAGUCUGCUGUCAGCUGGUUUAGGCCUACCUCCAGGUUUCAGCAGUGCAGCACUUGGACUGGUCAGUCGCCUGCCAGGACUGGUGUCCACCCACCAUGAGGACUCUGCUAGUCUGCCCUCUAGUGGAGGACUUUUGCAUCACAGCUCUGCAGCUGCACACUCAGGUUCUCAGCCUGAAGGCUUUACAGCCCUGCCUGGCAGCCUGAAUCGUUCCGGUGGUGCUACUAUCAAACGGGAGGAGAAGGAGGACGACGAGAACUGCUCCAUUACAGACAAGUCAGAUGACGAGAAAAAAGACAUGAAGCCCCACCUUCGAACAAGUCUGGAUGAUGAGGAUGAUGAAGAUCUACCAAUGGAAUUUAAGGCUGAGCGAGAGAAAGUGCGGAGCUGCAGCCUUGUCUCGGUGACCGAUGAGAACCUGACUGCUGAGGAGAAGGAGCAGAGGGAGCGUGAUCGCCGCCAAGCUAACAACGCUAGGGAGAGAGUGCGUGUUCGUGAUAUAAAUGAAGCCUUCAGAGAACUGGGCAGGAUGUGUCAGGUCCACCUGCAGAGCGACAAGGCCCAGACCAAGCUUGUCAUCCUUCAACAGGCUGUCCAGGUCAUUCUGAGCCUGGAGAAGCAGGUGCGAGAGCGUAAUUUGAAUCCAAAGGCUGCCUGCCUGAAGAGAAGAGAGGAGGAGAAGGUUGCAGGUGUGGACCCCCAGAUGCAGAUAGGUGGAGGUCACCCUGCUCUGGGUGGUGAUGAACACAACCCUGUGAGCCAUAUGUAAUUCUCAGUCUAUCUUGAUUUUACAGCCAUCAGAACACGUGGCCUUAUCUAUCAUUGUCAUACAUCUCAUUGUGUGUUAAUCAGCUUUUGGAAAACACACGCACACACACUUCAUUACUGACAAAGCAGGUGGCCACAUUCCUGAAGAUGAAUACAAGUAUAAGAAGCACACAAGAUACAAAAAGAGAAGAUUUAUUGAUCUUUACUCAAGAACACCUUGAACUGAGGACACUGCUUCUGGAGACAGUGAAAAUUGGACAUAAGAAUGCUCUUAUGAUCAUGUUUUUGUAGAACAUUGUAAAAAAAUUACACCUUGGGAGCAAAACUUAUUUGGAUCAAAUAACGCUUUUGGAUCAAUUGCUCGUGUGAGCAAAGUUAGGAUUUAUAUUGUUGAAUAGUUAUUGGCAUUCCCAUCAGUAAAAGAGGUCUUACAUUCUUUACAAGCUAAGAGGGAUGGUUUAUAUCCUAUGAUUGAACAAAACCUGUUUAAUCAUGCCUUAACGGGUCUCCUAUAUAGUGUUUGGUUUGAUUAAAAAUUAGUCCUCUCCUGAUGGCUAAAUUUUGGAGAAAUCCAGCCAAUUACUUGUCAAUCAGAAAACUGACUCCUCUUUUUGAAAUGCUGGUAUUUCAGGCUGUUUUUCUUUAAUUUAUUUAAAUGGCUGGAAAGGUGCCUCAGUCACUUGCUGACACAUGGGUUAACUUGUUACCUGUGGAUCUAAGAGUAUUGUCUCUUAAAGUCCUGUACAUUUGUAAUUGUCACUGCCAUGCAAGUGGAAUGGAAAGACUGCCAGAGAGAGGCCCCCACGGACUCAAACACACAACUCUUCAGGAUCCACAGUGAGGUUGAGUCAGAAACCCAGCACUAUCUCUGAGGCUGCCUUUGGACUCGAGCAUCCUUCACCACUGUAAAGUCAGUUGCUCUCUGCCACGCAGUCCGUGGACUCGAUUGCAGCCAGCCUACCCACAUCACAUCAGACCUGGAGAUGCAGUUACAGCAUUUUGAACUUAUAACCAGAAGUCUCAGAGUAGUUUGUAUUGUGGUAAAUAUUUUUUUUGCUUGUUCACAAAUAAAGCAUUGAAAGGGAACAUAAGUGUUACUGCAAUGUUUCCUCUAUUGCCAUUAGCUCACUUGUUUUGGUUGCUCUGUGUAGAGCAUUUGGUGUUUUUGCCCUCCCUUUACCUUAUUGAACAAUUGUAGAGCCUGUUAUAAGGAUCUUCCUUUCAUGGAAUUGAUAUAUCGUUGUUUUUUGUUUGUUUGUUUUUUAUAUAUAUAUAUUAUUUUUUUACUUUGUAACAUAGGUGUAAGAGUUUUGCUUGUAUCAUUUGGAACGCCUUUUAUCUCCUUUUACAUUGUUUAAAUGUAAGACAACACCAUUUAGAUUCCAGGAACAAAGUUUGGAUUUUUCUUUGGUGCCAGAUGGUUAGAAAUGUCUGAAAAUGACUAAAUGAUCUGGCUGUAAUGUCACAUGUUGUGAUAUGGGUCUUUUUUUUUUCUUUUUUUUUUUUUACUUUCUGAAGGCAAACAUAUAAGGCCAGUCGUAAUUGGAUUGUUCUGGUGUUUGUGACAGAAAUGAAAAA